AUGCGGACAAUUUAUUGGACAGAUGAUUUGUGGUUCGAAUUGGAUGACGAUGAUUUCGAAUGCCGUCUGAAUCCAAGUUCAUCAUCGUUAUAUGAAUCAACUCGGCUUUAUCAGUCCAUGGAUUCUGCUACUAGCAUUCGCCCACGUCGUCCACCAAUUGCGCUACCGCCACCUCCGCCACGUUCCGCACCGCCUCUGAGUGAUGGCAGCCAUGCAAUUGAUGCAUCUCUUGUACCCUCAGGAUCAACUCCCGUGCACGGUAAUGAUAUUGAGAAGGUCUCGGCUGCAACGACUACAUGCAAUAAUGCCUUAACAAGACAAGCCAAUACUAUGGAAGAUCCGUGUUUCCCAUCACAUAUCGAAUCAAAUCACAUCGCGCAUGCUGAUUUAUCAGAAUUGGAUGAUAAGAAUAAGGGAUCAAGCGCAGAAAUACGAUUACAGCAGUCCUUGUCGACACCGUGUCCGGACAGCAGAGGCGAUGUUGGUGGCAACGAUGAUCAGCCAUCGACAUCCCGGAAGGAAUCAGAAUAUAGACGCUUCAAAAGUGAAAGUUCAUCAGCUGGAGUUUGCUCAUUACCGGCACCUGAAAUGGACGUAACAAUCGAUGAUUUAUCACCAAUUGCCGAUCCACGUUCGUCAUCACCCAGUCGUCUCAGUUUAUUCCAAGACACAGUAACCAAUGGACCAUUAACGAAGCAUUCGCAUACAGAACAGGUGAUGAUGAUGCACACAUUGAAAACCAAAUUAUCAAAAUAUCAAAAUUUCAUCGAUAAAGCAUUCGAACAUAUUGCUCAAGGCAGCGAUGAACAAAUUAUUGAGGGUUGUACUAUAGUAGCAAAGGUUAUGACGAAAGCAUGGAUGUUUCCGAAAAUUUCGCAUGAUUUGUCAUAUGCGCUUUGCGAUUUUCUACGUGAUCAAAAUUACUUUGAUUCGCUUAUUAUGAAUUUUAUUAAGGCGCAGACUUGUGAACCUGUUCGAUUAGCAUGCGGACGUGUGUUGGAGGAAUGUCUUUCAUUGAAUAAUCGAGAAUAUGUCGUUAACAAAGGUUAUUUGAAAAAAUUGGUUGCAACAGCUGAGAAACUGAAUAAAAAUCCGGAACAACAACGAAUGUCAUUGUCGAUUAUGGAAAGCUUAUUCAAGCAUUCAACUGCUACUACUUAUAGGCUAAUUGAGUAUGGUGUUUUGGAUCACAUUCUGCUAACGUGUAAACGUGCAACUGACACACCGAUAACCUUACGGCACGCUGCUCUUGCACUUGCUAAUCUGUCAUUGUACAGCUGUUCAGAAGCAAAGAAAAAAAUUAUUCAGAAGAAGGUGCCAGACUGGCUCUUCUUGCUAGCUUCACAACCAGACGAUAUUACACGUUACUACGCAUGCUUAGCUAUUUGUAUGCUUGGAAGUACGAAAGAAAUGGAAGCAGCGGUAAAUAAGUCGGGUACUUUAGCAUUAGUAGAGCCAUUCCUACUUGCUCAUCAAGCGAUAACUUUUGCCGGUGAUCAUUACAAGCAUUCACAAGGACGACCAAAGGAAUGGCUUGAAAGGUUGUUGCCAAUGCUCAAGUCGAAGUGUCGCGAAGCACGCAGUAUUGCUGCGUUUCACUUUACAAUGGAAGCAACAAUAAAGAAAGAUCAGCAAAAACUUGAAGUUUUUCAAGAAAUAGGAGCAAUAGCGGCACUGAAAGAAAUUGCGUCAAGUCCUGACGAAGUGGCCGCAAAAUUCGCAAGUGAAGCUUUAACUGUGAUAGGCGAGGAAGUACCGUACAAGCUUACGCAACAGGUUCCGUGCUGGACAAUUGCCGAUGUGCAAUACUGGGUGAAAAAGAUUGGUUUUGAAUCCUAUGCAGAUGCCUUUGCGAAACAUAUGGUCGAUGGUGAUUUACUGUUGUUGCUAACUGAAAAAGAGCUUGAACAAGAUCUUCAAAUGUCGUCCGCCCUUCUUAGAAAGCGCUUCAUCCGUGAGCUAGAAAGUCUUAAAAUCGCAGCCGACUACGGAAGUGUAGAUGAAAGUCAGUUAGAUCAGUUCCUGAUGUCGUUAAGCCCCGAAUUGUCAGUUUAUACAUAUCAAAUGCUUGGUAUGGGUCUAAAUCGUAGUUUGUUGCCAUCGUUAACUGAUGAGAUGAUGAAGACUGUGUGCGGCAUGCAUAAUCCUAUUCACAGGCUCAAGCUAAGGCAAGCAUUGCAAGACAGCAAACAUAUCGAUGACAUUGAAGUUGCGAUAUUAAGUAAGCAAAUUGAUGUAUUCAUAAGUUAUCGACGCAGUACGGGUAAUCAGCUGGCCAGCCUUAUCAAAGUUUUACUUCAACUUAGAGGAUAUAAGGUAUUCAUUGAUGUUGACAAAUUGUAUGCUGGUAAAUUUGAUUCGUCAUUGUUAAAAAAUAUCCAGGCAGCAAAGCACUUCAUUCUUGUGUUAACCCCAAAUUCUUUAGAUAGGUUAUUCAAUGAUCAUAACUGUGAAGACUGGAUACAUAAAGAGCUACGAUGUGCUUUUGAUCAUCAUAAGAAUGUGAUACCGAUUUUUGAUCAGCAUUUUGAUUUUCCCGCCGAUACUGAUUUGCCAGCUGAUAUACGACACAUAACGCGAUACAAUGGUGUACGUUGGGUACAUGAUUAUCAAGAAGCUUGUAUGGAUAAAGUAGAGCGUUUUAUCAAAGGUGAAUUAAAUCGAACACCAAGUAUCGGUCAACAACAGGCAUCGGUGGCGUCAAGUGCAAGUAGCGGAACUCAGCAACAUAAGGUAUCUGCACGAUGGUCAAUUGCGAAAACAACCCAAAAAUGUUCAGUAACAAGGCAACAACAUAGCGAAAUGUCCAACAACAAUUGCAUGGUAAUCAUUUUGAAAUGUCUUACAUAUUCAUUGAUUAGGCUUAUGAGAUCUUUAUGGAGGUUUCGUCUCUUAGGCAUCCUAUGGACGGUCAUUCAGCAUGGAUUGUGUUUAUUCGAUACUGGGAUGGAAUACAUUCAAAGGAUACUCUUGAAGGAGAGUACCAAACGAUCAUUGGUUAUUUCAAAGAAAAAUUUACAUUUAAGAAUACUUUCGUCUGAACGUUAUCAACGACUGCUUUUUCAUUGCUAUCAGCCUGCUGUUAAUAGCAGUAGUGUUUCAUAUGAAUCGGAACAGCAAGGUAUUACGAAGUUUUCAGCGGAGAAGUAUCAAAGAUUAACUCCCCUGAAACACAUACUUUAUCGACCAGAUAGUUAUAUUGGUUCUGCUUUUUUAUCUGACGAGCAAUCAGUUUAUGUUUACGAUGCAAUAAGAAAGCAAAUACUAAAAAAGGAAGCACGAAUUGUUCCUGGCUUAUUGAAAAUCUUUGAUGAAAUUCUGGUUAAUGCAGCUGACAACAAGAGGAGAGAUCCACAAAUGACCGUUAUUGCUGUUAAUAUUGAUAGAGAAAGGAACACAAUAUCGGUUUGGAACAAUGGCCGUGGGAUACCAGUGGAGGUUCAUCCGACUGAAGGGAUCUAUGUUCCUACAAUGAUUUUUGGCACCCUAUUUACUUCAUCUAAUUAUGACGAUUCUGAACUGAAAAUAGUCGGUGGCAGGAAUGGAUUCGGUGCCAAGUUGUGCAAUAUAUUUAGCACGGAAUUUGCCGUAGAAACUUGUACGAAGCAGUCUGGGUUGCGCUUUUUUCAAUGUUGGCGGAAUAACAUGAACGAUGUGGAUGAUCCGAUCAUCAGUAAUGUUGGUACGAAUGCAUCAGACUAUACUUGUGUCACAUUUAAGCCUGACCUGGGCAAAUUCAAGUUAUCAACUCUAGACGAAAAUACAAUAGAAGUAAUGAUAAGAAGGACAGUGGAUAUCGCUGGUACGCUUGAUGGUGUUCAUGUAUUUUUGAACGGAACUAAGAUCGAGGUUUCAGGAUUCGAAGAUUACGUGAAGCUCUUUUCAACAAAUACUGAUGAAAAUGUUGAAAAUUCCACCGUUCCAUUCUAUUGUGAUGUUAAUAAUCGAUGGCAGAUUGCUGUGGCACGCAGUGAUACUGGAUAUCAGCACAUUAGUUUUGUUAACAAUAUCAGUACUUUAAAGGGGGGUCGACAUGUUGAUUAUAUUAUGAACCAGUUAGUAUCGCGAUUAAAACAAGAAAUAGAUCAGCGUUGCGGUUGCGAAAAAUUCAUAAAUACACACAAGAUUAAAAAUCGACUCCAUGUAUUCGUGAAUUCAUUGAUAGAAAAUCCUGCCUUUGAAUCGCAAUCAAAAGAAUACCUUACAACAUCAGUGAAGAAUUUUGGUUCAACUUGUGUUAUACCCGAGUCAUUUUACGAAAAUUUCCUUAAAGAUAGCAAUAUCAUCGAUUAUUUGCUCUGCGACAUCAGUCAACAACAUACGGUUUCAUUGAACCGUUCCAUGAGACGAUCAUUGUGGGAUUUAUCAAAACUUGAGGAUGCAGCUGAUGCAGGUACCAAAAACAGUUAUAACUGCACAUUAAUCGUAACAGAAGGUGAUUCAGCAAAAGCACUCGCGGUUGCGGGUCUCGCUGUAAUUGGACGAAAACAAUAUGGUGUAUUUCCAAUUCGAGGGAAACUUACAAAUGUUCGAGGGAUGGAUGCUAAAAUGGCCAUUGAAAAUGCUGAAAUCUCGGCUCUUACACGGGUUUUGGGAUUAAAAUUUGGUGAAGAUUAUAACAAUGACGAAAAAUUAAAAUCUUUGCGCUACGGACGAUUGCUUAUAAUGACUGAUCAGGACCCUGAUGGAUCGCAUAUCAAGGGACUGAUUAUAAAUUUUUUACAUAUGUAUUGGCCAUCGCUACUUAAAGCUAAUUAUAUCAAUUAUUUCAUUACUCCGUUAUUGAAGGCCAAGCGUGGGUCCGAUAUCAAAUCAUUUUAUAGUACAAAUGAUUAUGAAAAAUGGCGAACAGAAAAUCCUGAUUCGGUGAAAUAUUCGAUAAAAUAUUACAAAGGAUUAGGGACAUCAUCGGCUCAAGAAGCUCGAGAAUAUUUUAUGGAUAUUGAACGACAUACAGUAAAUUUCAUUUACGAUGGCAAGGCAUCAGAUGAAAGCAUUGAUCUUGCGUUUGCGAAAAAUAAAGCUGAUGAUCGAAAAGUAUGGAUUGCUGAAAGCAGUAAACUGCUGCUAUCAAGUACAGUUGAUUCAAGCCGCAAUCAGAAAACUUUUUCGGAAUUUGUCAAUGAAGAAUUAGUAGAAUAUUCACAACUGGAUCUGCGACGUUCUCUACCAAAUAUUAUGGAUGGACUAAAACCAAGUCAACGAAAAGUUUUGUUUACAAUGUUUGGACGUUAUGAACGUGGUGAAGUACGAGUAAGUCAACUAGCUGGUGCUGUUUCGCAAUACUGUGGAUACCAUCAUGGGGAGGAAUCUUUGGUAAAUACGAUCGUUCGUUUAGCUCAAGAUUUCGUUGGUUCCAAUAAUUUAAACCUUCUUUUACCCCUCGGUCAGUUUGGUACACGUCUAGCAGGUGGCGAAGAUGCAGCGAGUGCACGAUAUAUUUAUACUUCGUUAAGUCCACUUGCGCGAGCCAUAUUUCCACGUCCAGAUGAUAAAGUUUUGAAAUAUUUGGUAGAAGAAAACACACUCAUUGAACCAGAAUGGUAUUGUCCAAUAAUCCCGAUGAUUUUGAUAAAUGGUGCAGAAGGGAUUGGUACAGGAUGGGCUACAAAAAUAUUACCACGUUGUCCCAGGCAAAUUAUCAGUAACACUCAAAGACUUAUUGAUGGACAACCACUUCAAAAGAUGUUGCCACAUUUUCGAAAUUUUCAAGGCACAAUAGAUGAAACUGCACCUCGUCAUUACAAUAUAUCUGGAAAAGUUUCGUAUCGUCGUUUGAGAAACGGUCUUAGGGCAAUAAUAACAGAGCUUCCCAUUGGGAUUUGGAAUAACAGAUAUAAGGAGAAGGUGCUAGAUUCUGUCAUCAAAAAUGGAUUAAUAAGUAAUUAUGAAGAAUUACACACUGAAAGCAAUGUACAUUUUAUUCUUCAUGUGAUUGAUAAACCGUUGAUAAGCGACGCGAAGCAAAUUAAGACACUCAAUCGAUUGUUAAAAUUACAAUCAGUUACAAGUGAAAACUCAAUGAUUUUAUUCGAUGAAAAAAACGCACUGCGAAAAUAUAAUUCCACGGUAGAAAUAUUUCAAGAAUUUUUCGAAGUACGUCGGCAAAAAUACAUGGAGAGAAAGGAAUAUGAAUUGAAAGCUAUGGAUGUGAAACUUAAAUUUACUGAGAACCAGGUUCGCUUUGUAAACGCUAUUGUUAAUGGUGAAAUCACUAUUGAAAGAAGAAACCGUGCAGAAAUUAUAACUCAGCUGGUUGAGAAAGGAUUUGAUUCGAAUCCGCUGAAGAUGAAAAAUGCUGCGGGCGGAAGUCGCAGUUCGCCAGAUUUUGCAUAUUUGCUCGAUAUGCCACUCUGUCGCUUGACCAAUGAAGAAAUUUUGAUUUUGCAAGAAAAAAGGAGUGAACUGUUGGAGCGAUUCGAAACGUUGAAGAGAACAACAUGGAGAACUUUAUGGAAUAUGGAUCUGAAUGUAUUGUCUAUGGCACUGGAUAAAGAAGAAAGGUGA